GAAUCUAGGUUGUGAUAAGCAGAAGCAACUGUUCUGUGUCAAUAGUGAGGGCUAUAAUUCUCAACAAAUGUGGUUCUAUUUCAAUAAACAACAUGAAAACCUAGUAGUAUGCCAGAAAAUCAGUCUAAAAAAAUCCAUAGGUAUCAUUUUACAAAUUAAGCCCCUAAACGUGAGUUUGUGAUGACUUGGCGCGUUGAUUUACCAAACUUAGGUGUGAAAGCAGGACCGUUUUUGGGAGUUUGACGCCCUUCAAGAGCCGAAAGGAUGAUUUUGAUAUUGCAGCUUCUUGUUUUAUUUAUUUCAGAAGUUUCAAAUACCGAUGGAGAAUCUGACACACUUAAAAACCUCGCUCAGACACGCAGUUUCAUAGACAAAUCCCUACUAAUCAAGUACAUUCUAGACAACCAUAGGCACAUCUACAUCGAGGCCCCUCCUGGUUUCGGCAAAACCACUAACCUUCAAUUGGUUCAGGAUUUCUUCACCAUGGAGAUCGACUCCUAUGGAUACGCCAUCAAAGCGGCAAAGCUCUUGAAAACCGACAAAAUCUUUCAGGACGUUCUGCAGAAGUAUAGAGAGCGUCACGGAAACACCUCCAGAGAACGCACAGCUUCCGAAAACGACACAAAAGGUGAAUCCGCCCCUAUGAAUAUCACGAAACCUGUCAAUGCUAUCGCAGACCACCUGAAGAACUACGUGACCUUUUCGAAGCCGCGCUUGAAAAUACUGGAGGAAUGGCCGGAGCUUUUCGAGUCCCAGUUUGCUCGGUACCCUGUCCUCAUGGUAGACUUCGGAAUUCUAUCGACAGAUUCUUAUCAGGACUACGAAAGCUCUUUUACGAUUAUGGUUUCGCGACUCUUUGAACAAUUUAACUACCUAUUAUUGAGCAAGAGGCUAACCAAGCUUACCAAGGAUGAAUUUUUACUCUUCCGGGAUGGUUAUAAAGAACUUAGUAUAGGUGAGGUUGCGCUCGGGGGAGAAAAGCUGGUCCAUCAAUUGUCUUAUCAUCAUCAGCAAAAAGCGAUAGUUUUAGUCGACAAUUUUGACUUACCAAUUCGUAAGGCUCUUUUUGCUCAACAUCUUGACGAAGAAAGUUUUACGAGGAUUGUGGAGAAUGUGUGUCGAUUUGUCAAGUUGCUUGUAAAAAGCGAGGAUGUUUUCCGGACCAUAGUGACGGGCAGUCUCAGAAUCGACAUCACAGAUGGAUUGAUGCACCUUCCCGUCUUCGAGGAUGAAUUUUUGCAUCAGUAUUACGGCCUGACAGAAGAUGAUGUAUAUGAGCUUGCUCGGCGUUUCAACAAAGAAAAACACAUUGCCGAGGUCAGAACUUGGUACGGUGGUUACAGAUCAGAGCGUAAGGGUCAUAAUAUCUACAACACACGCUCAACGUUGAGCUACUUUGAAACGGGUCAACUUAAACCGUACCGAAAUGAGUCCAUACAUUUUAAAACUAUGAAAAACCUCUUAAAGUUUGAGAGGUUGGGCCGUGAAAUAGAGGAUGCCUUCGAUAAUAAGACACGACUCCUCAUCCGGCAAAAGAUCCCGCUGAGGGCUCUUGAGCAACUCCGACGAUCGAUUUUUGAACUCAAUCAAACUUCAUCCGUUGUUCAUCGGGAUUUGAUCCUGCAAAUCCUCCUCGACCAUGGCUUUUACACCGUUUUUGACGGAAACAGACUCAGUGUGCCGAACUUCGAGACCAAGUUGGACAUCAAUAAUCUGAUCUUCGACCGAGCAUACUACAUCACUAAACUAAACAUAACUGACCAAACCAUCGAUGACUUUGUUCGGAGCAUCGAGCGAAUCACUGGCGAGGAGGCGUCUCUCCACAACUUCUCCGUCGCGGUCACGGAACUCUUUAAGUACCGCCUGCCGCGAGGAACUCGGGAACUAGCGCACACCUUGCUCACUCUAGCGGCAGACGAUAGCAAGUUCAGCGUACAGAGUGGUCGGGAAACGCUGGAAAGCGACCGGCAAGACGUCCUCGUGAAGCGAUCCACGGAAAUGGGAAUCGUCAUCGGGAUCCUGACUGGGUCGGUUACCGAUGAUGCGCUGAAACCUGUUUUCAACAGGUGUUUACAAGUGUUCCCAGAGUGUAAAUCGAGGGUUGCGAUCUUGUUGGGAUUAAAAUCGCGAGGGUCGCUUGGGGAUCUUGAAGUUUUGUACGCGUUUGACAAUCGCACUCGUAUAGACACUGGACAACAAUGAGUGAGAGCCGGCAGCCGGGAUCGUGAUUGGGAUAACAACGGAUCCAUUCGUCAUUCAUUGGGCUGACGAAUGGAGAUGUUGCAUGUGUGAGGAAUUUGCGAUUUGGCUGUUGAUUCUUGUGUAAAAGUUCGCGAGAAACACGAUGGU